AUGGCAGCCAACCAGGCCGCCUCGGCCCCCACUCAGCUCUCCAAACUCCUCCGCAAUGCGCGCAUCUCCUCCUUCGACCCCUCCAUCCCGCAGGUGUACACCUCUCCACCCGCCUACGCCGCUCGCGGGGAAUGGGGCAUGAAGCGUGCUCUCCCCUCUUCCUCGACCUCGAUCUUCGGCUCCUCUUCCGGCUCCGCUGCCUACCCCGGCGCUCUCCGCUUCGUGGAAGUCACCUCGCUCGACACGCCCGAGGGCCAGACCUCCUGGAAGGAGCGCGAGAAAGAAACGCUCUUUGUCAAACGCUUUGCGGAAGCGGACACCAAACUUCACAUCACCCGACCCGAAUCCGGGGGUCAUACGUACACCGAACCUGGUUCGCAUGGUCCUCGACCCUCUACAACCUUCCUCAAGUCAACGGAGCGAUACUUCCCGACCGACAUCCCCGGGCCGAUCAAAGCGAGCCCGAACGAGACUCCCGCCGAUCGCGAUGCGAGGGUGUACAACAAUCGUUGGCGCGCGCUGCAACGCCAUCACGCCGCUCGCGGUGCCGCCGAUCCCACGUACAAAAGUCUCGACUUUAUGGGCGACCAAUCGACGAGUCGAGCCUUCGGGUUCGACGCAGACAAAUUCACCACCCGCCCGCGCAUGAUGACCAACUACAACGCGCUGGACGAGCGUCAAUUCGAUCGGUUCGUCGAACGAAUUCGUUCUGGUCGCAAGAACUGGCGUACGUUCUUCCGAUCCAAAGAGCGAGGACGGUUGCUGGGGUUGAUCCGCAAGCGACAGGAGAAGGCGUAUGCCGCAGCGGUGCGUGCUAACGAGGACGCCGAACGUCGCGGUGAGGCUCCGAAGAAGCUGCCGGAAGUCAACCCGGAAGCGGAGCUGCAGAAGCUCUCCCAGGGCGAGUUGGACAUGCUCGAGCAGAGUCGAGAUGUGGAUGCGACGCGCGAUGCCUUCCGGAUGCUAGAAGAGCGCGCAAUUCGACUCACGACAGCCUCGUCGAGCGAUCAGCUACCCGGAUCCUCCCAACCAUCGACACUUCACCCGCAUGCCGGAUUGCAAUUCUCCCAACCCGAUCCGAUCUACACCUCCCUGCUCGCCGAACCGUUGCCUGGUCGAGUGGUGCACGAAGUCUCCUCCCGCUCCGAUCGGAACGUGCGCAAGUCGCUGCUGAUUGCCGAUGGACGGUCUGUCCUUCUUGGUGGACACGUCUCCUACCUCCAUGCGCCGUUGCGAUCCAAUGCACCCCCUACAAUCGAUUGGAGUCGUCAAGAACCCACGCGGGGAAGUGCACUCUUCCGCAUCGUAGACGCCUACCGCUCUUCGGCACUUACCCUCGCCUCGGGGAUGCACAAAGACAUGCUUGCCCCGCGCAACGAUCUCGGGUACCUCCGGUCCAACCUCGAACUGGUUAAGCAGGAUGCGCAGGGUUUGCCUGUGGGGAAAAUCGCACCGAUCGGUAGUGCGAGUUAUGUCGGCGAGGUGGUCAAGGAUCCGACUCGACCGGUGAGGCGCGCCUUGGGUGGCGUCGAGCCGAAGAGGACCGGAUUGGGCGCACUCAAUGCGCUGUAUGCUGGGACGGCGAGGAAAAACGAACUGCAGAAACAGAGAAAGGUCGGUCGCCAACCAGGUCAGCUCCAGCCGGGUAAGAGACAAUCGACAGGUCACGACUCGACAAGAAAGAUGCUCGAUAACCUCGAUUCCCUCGUCAGCGCCGCCCAGAACAAGAACUGA